AUGAUCUACGCGGGUGUCACCGCGGCCGAUUUCCAUGCUGUUGGUAUCUGUUCAAUCAAACUACCGCCUCACUCCAUACUCAUGAGCUUCGUCGAUCGUAUUGCAAACCACAUCCCGGACUUCUGGUUAGACGAUGAUACGCUUGCCUCACUUGACGUCGAUAAGCACGGACCUGGAGUCUAUUUUGCGGCCAGUCCAGACCAAGACACCAAUUGGAUUCCACAUACGGGUAUCUACCCAGGCUCUAGUAGCAGACCCCGAGGAGGGGUUUCUCCUUUGUUGCUAUGUUGGGCACAUCUGUAUGCUCAGGCCAGACGAUCUCACCCAGCGAUCUCCGCGUCGGACAGACAGCUAGUGGGAGCCAUAGCUUCAUACAUAAAUCACACACGUACAUACAUACAUACCGACAUACAGGCUCUGGAGGAGCUUGGGCCAGCUGGGAGCGGUGGCCAUCUUACGGGGACUGACGGACAUUUAGCAUUUAGUACUUUCGGAGUGGCGUUGUGGCGCUGGUCCAGGAACAGGGUAAUCGGGAUGCCCCAGCCCAGUGGUUCGUCAGCCGAACCAAGAAAGCCAAAGUCUAAGGAGAAUAGCCGGAGAAGAUACGGCUGGACUAUCUUCAACCUCUACCCCAUGCGGCGUGACUCAUGCGACAACGCGUCUGCUACUGCUAUCGUGUCAUGA